AUAUGUGAAAUGUAGGUAAGAAGUAAUUAAUAUUUGAUGUAAGUAAGAAUUAAAAUUUUCGGUGCGGAUGUGACAGGUGGCAAGUAUUCAAAUAUGGAUUCAGUGAAUUUGACAACAUCAAAACAAAUGGUCGUACCGGACAAAAGUUGUCCAGUAUUUGCAUUGUGAUUUUCAAAAUCCGGAAAUUCUAACCGAAAUGUAGUCAUCAGAAGGUUUAUUCAACUUGAGCAUUUAGCUUCAGAGAAAUGGCCAAUUCUUUAUAAUAUUGAAAUUGGGCAUGUGAAUGGUAGAGAAGAGGGACAUGAAGCAAAAGCAAAGCAUCCCUUGCAGUCCCAAUGAAAUAGAGGGACAUGAAUGCAAAAUGCAGCAAAUGCAAUGUAUUUUCCAAUCCACCGUAAGUCAAUGGAAUAGAGGGACAUAACGAACGCAAUGAAUCCUUCACUGAAAUCAGAUUAGGUGUAGAAUUAUGAGGUUAAGCCUUUGUUGGACAAAAAUAGGGGAAGACGUAAAGUAAAUAGAAUAAGACAGUUUUAAGUCUUACUUUGGGAAAAAUAAACUAAUAAAUAAAAGCUUAUAUUUGAAGAAAAAACACCUAAAAAAUUAGUAGAGCUUUAUCAAAACUGAUAUUGAAGAAUAAAAGCAUCAAUCUUUAUUAUUAUAUGAGAAUUUUAUUAUGUAUUUUUUGAUUCUAUUAAGAGAAAAAGAAAAAAAAGAAAAGAGAGAGAUUAAGAAAAAUAGGCUGUAAUUAUGAAACAAAUUUCAAAUAAAUUUAUAAAUAUUUGAAUUGAUCUACGAGUUUAUUUAAAGGGUAAAUUUCCCUCUUAAGGUUUAUAUUUUAGAUUGAUCAUGGAAAUAGGGUUGGCAUAUCUGAAAAUAAAACAGCUGAGUGAUCCCUCAUGUAGCUAAUAGAAUGGUAUGGUACUACUAUGUUGUAAUCUCGUCUUCCGACGUCAACUUCAGCCUUUUAUAUUUCACAGACUCUGAAAAUCCUUGGUUUCCGAUUUCCUGAUCCUAAACAGUUCCUCUCAACAGAUUUUGUUAUUUUAGUUAUCUAUUUAUUUCUUCUAGAGGGAGCCCUUCUUUUUACCAAUUCAAACUAAUAACAUCAUCAAAUUCAGACACCUUCACUCGAUCAUAAUUGACUUGUACUACCACGAAUGAUUAACAGAAUCGGCCAAACUCAAUUCCUGAUGACUUUUUUUCCUCAGGAACUUUCUAUUUGUUUUCGUACGACGGAGAGGAGAAUUGGUAGCCGUCAAAAUUUUGUUUUGGAGAGAGCUUCCUCGUCAAUUUACACUCUCAAUACCUAACAAAUGUCAUUAUUGUCUACAAUCCUAUGCGGUUAUAUCUAGUCCGGAAAUCUUAUAUACAUGAUCUAGGCACUCGGCGCCAUACCUAUUUUCAGACUUAUUAGAAACAUUCCUGUGGAACUACAAAAGCAAUGCAGGCAACUACUCUCCUCUACCCGUCACCUCUCUUAGGAUCGCAUCAACUUUCUGUCAAAUUCCUGCACUUGCACCCAAGUACAGGUUUUAACAGGCAUCAUAACAAACUCUGCAUCAGGGUUCAUGCAGCAUCCGGAAGAGACAGAUACAGGCGUGAUUAUGAUGGUAAGUUGAUUGACGAGAACAUGGUUGUCCUUAGAAAACGGAUUCAGGAGAUGAGGACUGCAGACGGAGAUAAUGAAAUCCCAUCUGAGUGGAUGGACUGGGAGAAGAAAUAUUACCCAGAUUAUAAUUCAGAUGUGUGUGAAGCAGUGGGGGUUCUGCAAUCAGUAUUGAUGAACACCAGGCCUAGCUUGGCUUUGGGAAUGGUUGCUCUUUUCUUGUUCACUGUUCCAACCUCAUUUCUGAUAAUUAUAUUUAACUUGUGGGGUUGUAUUAGCUUCUAUCUGUAAUACCCAUCUUCAUAUUAUAGAUAUACAGCAGCUAAGAAUUAUCCA